UGUCAGUUAUUUCUUUGCGCUUGGUGGGAGAUGUUUUGUGAGAGUGAAAUAAAAAUAAGAAAAUAAUCAAUUCUUUAUUUAUAUAACACUUUAACAAAAUAACAGUGUAUAAUUAUAUGAUAAACAUUUGUAGAAACUUUUUAAGUGUAUCAAUAUGGUGUAAUAUUAAAUUACUGUGGAAUAUACCUAAUUAAUUUAUUCGAAUCCUAUCUUAUCUAUCUAUACCUGAAGUGCGUUUUUAUCUUUUGGUGUUAGUUUAUAGAUACCAGGUUGUCCUAAGGAUAGUUACAGUGUAGCUGGAAAAAUGGAUACAUUAAAAUUUUAUUUUGUCACCUGGAAUGUGGCUACCAAGAAUCCAGGGCAGGAUUUGAAUGCCCUACUGGACUUUCCAUCUCAGUUCAAUAAAAACAAACCAUUGCCAGACUUUUUUGUGAUUGGACUGCAAGAAGUAAAAUCUCAGCCACAGAAUUUGGUUAUGGACUCUUUGUUUACUGAUGCAUGGACAUCCUCUUUUAACAAAAUACUAUGUAGACAAGGGUUUAUUAUUGCCAAAAGUACUAGGUUACAAGGUAUACUUCUGUUAGUGUAUACUCAGUUGAAGCAUGUCACACAUUUGAGGGAUAUUGAGGCUCAGUACACUAAGACUGGACUUGGAGGCAUGUGGGGCAACAAAGGCGCUGUUAGUAUAAGGUUCAACAUAUACGGGGUAUCGGUGUGCCUUGUGAAUUCCCACCUGACUGCUCACGAGCACCUGUUGGCCGAUCGCAUCAAUGACUACAACACUAUCAUCAAGCAGCACAUGUACCAUGUCACCGAGACCACCAACAUUUUGUACCAUGACUACGUGAUCUGGUUGGGCGACCUAAACUUCCGAACGGACCAUCCAGCGGGCAGCAGUCCGACUUCAGAAGAGAUUCUCGCUCAAUUACAGAAGAUAGAAAAGGACAAAUAUGCUUCCCUUCUCGCUCAUGAUCAGCUCAUUGCGGUAAUGGACUCCGGUGAAGCGUUUUCUGAGUUCACCGAGCAUGAUAUACGAUUCCCACCGACGUAUAAGUUCAUCAUUGGAGGAGAUGAAUAUGAUGUUAAGAGAAAACCAUCAUGGACCGACAGAAUCUUAUACAAAGUGAACGCGAAUAAUUAUGAGAACGUGACUCUGAAGGCUGAGGUGGUGUCGUAUAACCACAUGGCUCACUACACAGUCAGCGACCACAAGCCAGUGGUUGCGUUCUUCAAUAUAAAGGUUCGGAAAUCGUUCUCUCGCGAGCUUGUAGCGGAGCGGCCGCAGAGACCUCCUGGUAUACGAAUGCGGUCUAUGAUCGUCGCUUCAUCUGAGGUAAUUGAAGGAGGACAGGCGGCCAUGUUUAGUGCUCCGAUGGCACCACCCACCGACUCUGCUGACGGUCCCAUAGCAUUCCACUCCGCUAGGGUCGAUACUACAGAUGGGUUUGAUAAUACAGAGACGUUUUCAAACUACACGGAGAAGACUGUCGAGUUUGCGCCAAUAACACGGAUCUGGUAUAUCGGUGAUGCCGACUUUAGGACGCAGUGUACGCUCACACCUGAUAUUGAAGUCAAUCCUAACGAUUGGAUUGGUAUUUACGAUGCCAACUUCCACAGCUUAGAUGACUACAUAGCGUACGAGUACCUGGCCAAGGUGAGCCUCCCCGAGACACCGACGGCCAGCGGCCAGCCUCGCACUAUCACACUCAGCUUCCCAGUCGGCAGCGGCGUCAGGACACCUGGCUUCUACAGGCUCAUAUACUUUAGCCAGCCUAACAACGAUGUUAGGAGUGUUUUGGGUAUAUCGGAGCCUUUCGAAGUAAGUAGCAAAGAGGACAGCUUAGUUGUGAUAGAUCCUUGUGAGGCGGCCUCGAGCAGUUCUUCACCUGGGAGGUCCAAACCUUCAACCGCUACUACGGACAUAUUCACCGACUUCACAGGCCUUGAUGUUGCCAAGCUGUCGCGACACUUCUCCAACGAUCUCAGCAUUGACUGACUAAAAACCUACCUGCCCGGUUCACCGGCAAACCUAAGAAAGAACAAUAACGGUGUUUAGAUUUCUAUUGUCGGUGUACCCCUAGCUUUAAGCGUAAAUUUUAUUCGGAACGUCACAAAUUUAUAUUAUUGUUAUUAUAAAAGGCCUACUUGCGAGCAUUGUAUACGUUUUCUGUUUAUUACGGCACAUCAAGCUAUACUAAACCAGUAUAAACUGAACGUUGAAUAUACGGUAAAGUCAUACAAAGCGAGACCAUGAUAAAUUGGUUUUGUAUAGCUCAAUGUGUUAUACAAUGUUCGCGGUUAAAAUUUUAAGUUUUGGUGUCGCAAAAUUCUUUUGUUUUGUAAGGUUUAUGUAUGCGGUAAGAAGGUUAUGCAUAAUAUUAUUCACUUAACAUUGUUUAGGCAUAUUCUCUGUGUCUAGUCGCCGUAGGUCUAAUUGUUAGAGCAUUAGAGUGUUUUUUCGACCAGAGAUGUGCUAUGCUACGUUGUUGUGGAUGCGUUUGGUUUCCACCAAUCAUAUUUAUUGGUACACAUAGCUUAGCACUGGUGAAAACGGGUUUAACUAAGAUAUGUUUAUGUAUUGAAAGAUGUGUGCAAUGGAUGGCUUCCUUACUAUCGAUACAUUGCAUACUCGAGCUGCGCAUCUUCCUCGCAUAGCUACAUAGCUUAGUAUCGGUGGAAACGGUCACAUAGUUUCACAGUUUAGCUAUUACAUCUUUGUAGCAUAGCUACAUAGCACAUCUCAGGUGGAAAAGCACCCUUAAUGUCUGCUCUCUAAUAACAUUUGUUAGCAAGCCAUGUUUGUUGUUCAAAUUAAUUAUUGCAUUUUUCCUAGUUGAAUAUACAUACAUAAAACAACAGCUUUUAGCCAAAAAGGUCGGUUUAUACAAUUACUGGAUAGAGGUAGGGUUUAAAAAGGUGUAAGCUAUAAAUGGGUCAUUGAUUCAUAGGGUCAGUCCUUACCAAGACGCGACGUGAUACUGCGCACGUUUUAAAAGAAAGGCUCAAAAUACAACUUUAUUUUCAACACGAUAAGAUAUAAAUUUGCGCGUGGCGGCUGCUCUAGUAACCUAUUCUAGUAUUGUCGCGUCGCGUCUCAGAGUAAAUUGACCCUUAUGUAAGAUUAUUAGUGUAUAUCUACGAGGUUAUGGUGUAUAAUCGGCUUUAUGCGACCAAUAUUACUUAACUAGUAUCAGGAAUUGAUAUAAUAUGUAAAUAAUAAAUAUCUAUAUUUCAUUAUGUGAUUAUAUUAGUACAAUUUGUAAUUUUUAUAGCAUUGUAAAAGUCGUUCAUUGGUUAAUUGUUGUUUAAUAUAAUAAUGUGUAAUAUUACAUAAUAAAAUAUAUUAUUCGGAUGUUGGGAGGCGAUAUAAGGUAUUGGGUUUGACACAAUUUUAGGCAGUAUUAUAGAAACAUACGUAUGAUUCCAUGACCAGUCCUUAAAAUGGCUCGGUGAAGCUUUACCUAUAAAAUAUUUAAAAGUAUAACUUUCGUGAGACAUACUAAAUUAAUUAUUAUGUUAUCGGCUUACACACGUAACUGUUUGACGAGGAACUCGACUAGUUUCAAGCCAUGCUAGAGG